AUGGUCGGCAUCUUCAAGCGCAUCUAUGAUUGGCUGCUCAGCCUGUUCUGGGCGACCGAAAUGGACAUUACCAUGAUCGGGCUUCAGAACGCUGGCAAGACAUCGUUACUGAGAGUCCUGGCGGGUGGCGAGUUCACGAUUGACUCGAUACCAACUGUCGGCUUCAAUAUGAAACGUGUACAGAAAGGCCAUGUGACUCUGAAGUGCUGGGAUCUUGGUGGUCAGCCUCGAUUUCGAUCUAUGUGGGAGAGAUAUUGCCGCGGCGUCAACGCUAUUGUCUUCAUUGUUGAUGCCGCCGACAAGGAGGCACUACCGGUAGCCAAAGAGGAACUCCACAUCCUACUGGAGAAGCCCGCCAUGGAGGGCAUUCCGCUCCUGGUCCUCGGCAACAAGUCCGACCUGUCUGGACACGCCGGUGUCGACGAGCUGAUCGAAGCGCUGAAUCUCAAGACCGUUACUCAGCGCGAAGUGAGUUGCUACGGCAUCAGCGCCAAAGAAGAGACCAACCUGGAUGCCGUGCUGCAAUGGCUCAUCGCCAGAGCAAAUAAGUAAACGCGACGGACGCGCGCGGCCUUCCGCUUGACCAAGAAGUUACCAUUCAUCCGAGUCAUACGAGGCACCACCCGGGAUCCAUGGCCGGUCCACUUACGAAGAAACGAAAUCUUGCAGCGUUGAUUGGAGUUCUUGCAUCGCAUAGAAGACAGCAGCCAGCAAUGGCAAUAUUUCCUUGUUGGGGACGCAAAAGGUUUUCUUGUCCCAGUCUUUCGUUCCGUAUUUCAUUUGUGCCCUGGAGCAAAGCGAACGAGCGAGCAAGUGUUGAUCGUUGCGGUUUGGGCAGUUGGUUCGGGUGGUGUUGAACAGUCGUUGGUAGACAACUCAAACGUGGUGUACGGAUGCCAGCUCGUCUCCAUCGCGUAUCCAUACAGCUUGACACC